AUGGAGGAUAUUAUUUUAAUCCUAAUCAACAAGAAGGCAUAUACGCUGCGAGGAUACUUCAAUAUACUGUACAUUAAUAAGCUUCCUCGGUUUUCAUCCGAUCCACACACGUUGUCCUCACAAACGACACUGGAUUUAAUAGUGAAUAAUCACCUUGGAAAAUCAAUGCUUAGUGAAUCAAUCGACCAACCUUUCUUGAAUCAAAAAAUGGCAUUGAACAACAAUUUCAAUUUGCAAAAUUCUUGGGUUGACCGCAGACCGUACCUCAUAUUGUUGUUACAGUUCAUAAUUAGUGUUCAUAACAGAAUAUCAAAAUUCAUGAGUGGAAAUAAAAUAAUUUGA